AUGUACAACUACUACACGCCACUGGCUACCGAUGAUGUGGACGCGCCUGCGAGCCGCCUGCUCGAGCCACGUGAAAAUGAUCGUGCACUGAGGCCACCGACCAAAAUGAAGCGAACAUCGACGAUUGGUGUGCAGCCGAAGCAUUUCCAUUACACCGAUUGGCGUGAGAUGCUCGCACUGGUGAAUAAUUGCUCACAGAGCAUGCAGGCACCCGAUUGCACUGAUAAGGCGUUUUAA